CGCAGAGGCUCCCAUCGUUUGAACUACGAUUGUCAUGGCUGCAAACUGCCUCGCUGGAACAGAAAGUCUCAAAAGCGUCCUCAGUCUCUGAGAUGAUGCACAGCCUAUAGCUUGUGUCAACUUGGGUUUCAUCUCGACUUUAUGGGUAUUACAUGACAACUCAUAUUAGUUAGAAGUUUGCUUCUUUUUAGGUGUGCUGACUGCCGUGACAGCCUCAACAGGAGACCUGUUCCUAAAGAUCCACGUCAACAUGGCUGACACGCACAGAGCGUGGUCUGGGGGAGCGAACCCACCAUCAGCACAAUUUUCGUAUGGAAGGGCCAACAAUGGUGCAGACGAUAGUGGCACAGAUACGGAUGAUGAGGGCCGCCUUAUCCAGCAGGCUGCAGCUACAGCAAAGAUGCGAGAUUCGGAGCCACCUCAGGGGCGGCCGGCAGCUUUUCCGACCUCUGCUCGGCCGCCUCCCAUGGCAGCACCACCAGCGGCAUUGCCCCCUAGCCGCGCGGCUCCACCGCCUCCGCGCCCCGCUCCGCGCCCUCCUGCAGCAACAACAGGAAAGGGCAAGGCUGCACCUAAGCGGCCAGCUGGCGCGAUCACCCUUCGGACGCUGCUUGACGCGGGCUUUCUUGUGCCGGGCAGCAAAGUACUUUACGUUGAGUACAAGGGCAUUAUUACGUGGGCCGACCUCACGGAGGAGGGGAGCAUCAUCUGCGAUGGCCAAACCUUCGAGUCGCCCUCCGCCUUCUCCAUCAGCGUCAAGCGCAAGCUGAACCCGGAGCGCAAGGCGGAUGACGGCUGGAAGGCGGUCAAGUACGCUGGGAAGCUCCUGGAGCACUUCAAGGAGCAGUACCUGCGGCAGCAGCUGGCGGCCUCGGGACUGGGGGGCGGCGGCGGCGGGGGCGGGGCCACCGCCGGGGCGGGCGCGGCUAUGCGGGCUGCCACUCCCAGCGGAGGCUGGGGCGCAGGCGGGGGCGUCGGGCGGCCCUCGCCACACUCCAGCGGGCAUCCCUCGCCGCUGAGGGACGGAGCCGGAGAUGAGGAUGGGCCUCCCAACAAGCGGCAACGUACCGACGGUGACGAUGCGGCCCCCGGCUCCGGUGGUUCGGGCGGCUCUCGUCCUGGACUGAAGAUUAAGCUCAAAUUGAAGGAUGGGCAGGGAGGGGCCACACCCGGGGGGCGCCAGCCGCCCACUCCUGCCCGCACGGGUCCGCUGAUGCCGCUGCCUGCGCCGCCCCUGGCUGUCAUCCCCUGCGGCUCCUACAUGGGCUCGCCGGGCAGCGGGGAGCCGGAGGCGCAGCCCUUCAGGGUGGAGGUGUCGGACAUGGUGCUCAUCGUGAUGGACUUCCACGCGCACGUCUCCUCCGCCGAGGUGGGCGGGCUGCUGGGCGGCACCUACGACGAGGCCUCCCGCACCCUCACCAUCACCCGCGCCUUCCCCGUGCUGGAGCUGCCGCCGCUGCCGCCGGCGCUGGCGGGACCCGAGGGGCGCGCGCCGGUGGCGGUGGAGUUUGACCCGACCGACCUGGCCAGGGUUCGUGAGGUGAUCCGCAGCUGGGGUCUGCGCUGCGUGGGCUCCUACCGCUCGCACCCCGCCUACGCGCCCACCCCCAACGCGCUGGACGUGCGCCAGGCGGCUCGCGCGCAGCAGGAGUCCCGCACGCACAGCGGCGCGGAGCCAUGCGUGUGCGCCAUCGUGGCGCCCUACGACCCCGCCUCGCCCAACGCUCCCGCCAGCGAUAUCACCUGGUUCCACGUGGAGUACGACAGGAGCCGCCCGCUGCCGCCGCUGCCGUCAGCAAGCGCCCCAGUGGCGCCACCCGCUGGCUGCCGGCCCAUGGCUCUGAUGAUUGAGACGGCGGAGCACCCCACUUCGCACAUGGACAUCAUGAACCUCGUGUCUACGCAAUUCCAGCACACGGCACGGACCUACGCCGUGCGUCCCACGCGCACCCCGCUGGCACUCCAGUGGCGACCCAUGAGUCAGCUGCCGUACGGCGCCCGGCCUCAGACCUGCCUGGAUAAGCUGGUCUCCUCGGUGGUGUCGAGGCUGCCGGACAUGUUUGAGGGGGAUCUGGGUAUCACGUACGGCAACAUGGUGCGAGACAUGGUGCAGCACGAGUUUGCCCUAGCGGAGCGGAUGAACCAGCAGCGGCCGACCCGUGGGUCCUCGGAGGACGGUGGCGCUUUCUACGUUGGCGAGGGUCGCGCGCGCCGUGCCGCGGCGCGGAACAACAACCUGAUUGCGGCUGCACGGUUUGAGAGUGAAGAGGAGGAGACGGAGGAGGAGGACGACGAGGUCAAGCUUGAUGACGAUGAUGAAGCGUACGAGGAUGAUGACUGAAGAUGGAGGUUAUAGCUGGGGCUGUUGCAUGCGUUCUGGGAAGACGCAAUACUGUGCCGUACAGUAGGGGUCGCUUUGUAGACACGGUCCAUGGGCCGCUUACUUGCUUUGGCGCAUGGUGGCAGUCACUGCAAUUGAGGCCUGCAAGCUGCGCGUGGGACGGUGGCAGCAUGGAUGGCAUGGCUGUAAAGAGGCUGCAGCCUGACAGUGAGGAAGGCAGGUGUGGGAAAUAGGUAAACUGAGUUUGUUUAUGUCUGGGCUUCUUCGGUCGUGGGGAGCCCCCUUUCUUUUUUUGCGGACUUGUCCUGUCCCUUCCUGGCUGGGCCAGGCUAGUUAGAACCGUGCGUUGCAUGGUUGGGGCGAAGUGCUUGAUGUAGUUAGUAAUGGCCGGUUGGCCGUUCGGGGAAGGUACUAGCUUCGUAAAGGGGUGCGCGGUCGUCUAGUAAACUUGUGUAUGGCUCGCAAUGAUGCACUGACCGGCAUUUUUGCGCGUAAGAGAGGAUUGUUGGAAAUUUGGGAGAAAAGGGAGCGGAGAUGGGCGUAUGGGGACAAUUUGACAAAAUGGGGCCAGCCCCUUACCUCUGCGGGAAA